GAAAUCGAGCAAUUCAAUUGCAGACAUAAUCUGAAGGAAUUCUCUCUCGCUCUCGCUCUUGCUUUCUAUUUUCUUAUAAAAAAUGCAUGUGCUAGUUAAAUUUAAAAGUUAGCCCAUGCAUAAAGCUUGCCACUCAAACUGCGCUUUGCAUGUUAAAUCAUGUGAAAAACUAGUUAUUCGAAGAACAAAAGUCAAAAAACCAAAAACAAAAACAAAAAAAAAAUGAAGAGAGAUGCAAGAAAUUCGUUCAACUAAAAUCAAGAAGCUGCCAAGCGGAGACAAAAGCUAAAAGAAAAACACUAAACUAAACGAAAAACUGAAGACAAAGGACAAGAAACAACAACAAAAUUCAAACGAGUGCUAAAACUCACUCCAGAAGCAACUUGAGCGUGCAACUGCAACUGUCAGCUGCAGCUAAGGAAAAAAUAAGAAUAUUCCAAAGAAAAAUUUCCCCUCGUUGAGCUGCAGCUGCAACGCAUUAUUGGCACCAUGAGCGCCAGCAGUCGACAGUGGACGUCGGCAGCGUCCUUCUGGCAGCGACAGCGGCAGCGUCAACGUCGUCGACGUCGGCCAGCAACGGAAACGGAUGUGGGGCAGGGACGAGCGCAUAAACAACUGUGCAACACUGUUGGCACAAACAUAUCAGCGGCUUAUGAUGAUAAUGAAGCCGGCAAUAGCCCAGCUCCAACUACAAAUUAUAACAUUUCCGGCUUACUAGAUUGCCAGCAGCGACAACAACAGCAACAACAACAACAACAACAACAGCUAACAGGCCGCCUACAUCGGCGCUCAUUGCCAGUGCCGCUGCUGUUGCUGCUGAUGCUCCUAGUUGAUUGUUCAUUGUCAGCGACUGGAAAUGACUCGAGCCUGGCACCCAAUGUGACCGUCACGGAAAUCGCAUUAUCCAUUAAUGAGUCAACAACCACAUUAUCAACGGCCGCAACACCAACGGCAGCAGGAGUAGCAGCAGGAGCAGGAGCAGGAGCAGCAACCACAGCUCUAGCAUUGAGUGAGCUAACUGAAGCAGCUAAAGAGGAAGUGAAGGACAUUGAGAACACCAGUGAAUAUAUAUUCGAUCGCACCGAUGUGCGCAUUAUAUUCAUAACGCUCUACACGAUUGUCUUCUGCUGCUGCUUCUUCGGCAAUCUGCUUGUUAUAUUGGUCGUCACGCUGUCGCGCCGUCUGCGGUCCAUUACCAACUUUUUCUUGGCCAACUUGGCCUUUGCCGACUUCUGCGUGGGUCUCUUCUGUGUUAUGCAAAAUCUCUCCAUUUAUCUUAUAGACAGCUGGGUCUUCGGCGAGUUCCUCUGCCGCAUGUACCAAUUCGUGCACUCGCUCAGCUAUACGGCAUCAAUAUUUAUACUGGUGGUCAUCUGCAUGGAGCGGUACUUUGCCAUUGUCCAUCCAAUAACGUGCAAACAAAUUCUAACUGCUGCUCGCUUAAGGAUGGUCAUUGUCACCGUGUGGAUUACGUCGGCAGUCUACUCGACGCCCAAAUUUGUCUUCAGCAAGACUAUUAAGAACAUCCACACCGAGGAUGGCCAGGAGGAGGAGAUCUGUGUCCUGGAUCGGGAAAUGUUCAAUUCCAAGUUGCUCGACAUGAUUAACUUUGUGCUGCUCUACGUGAUGCCGCUCCUGGUUAUGACGGUGCUGUACAGCAAAAUAGCCAUCGCUUUGUGGCGCAGCUCCCGUGGUCUCAGUCCGCAUGUGACGCAACAUCAGCACCAACAACAACAACAGCAACAGCAGCAGCAGCAGCAGGCUGGUCCAGAGAAUAGCAUGAGUCUGCAUAACAGCAUGUACCAUCAUCAUCAUCAUCAUCACCAUCAUCCGCACGCACAUCCCCUAGCCCAUCCACAUCAUCAUCAACUCCAUCAGCUGCCAGCGUCGUCAGCGACAGGAGGAGGAGCUGGAGUCGGAGCAGGAGGCAGUGCUGGAGGAGUAGGAACAGGUGCUGGAACAUCGUCGCUAGCUUCCGGCAGCAGUUCCACGUCCUUGUCACGUAAACAAAGCAGUAAAUACGAAAAGCGAGGCGUCAGCAUCACCGAGAGUCAGCUUGAUAAUUGCAAGGUCUCGCUAGAGGCGGAUCGGCCCAUUGUGAGCGCUUGUCGCAAAACGAGCUUCUAUCAUCACUCCCACACCCACAAUCAGCGGCAGGGCAAUGGAGGCGGUGGUGUGGGCGUGGCAACCGCACAUAUGUCACACUCAUCGAGCAAUGUACUACGCGCACGGAGAGGCGUGGUCCGCAUGCUGAUAAUAUUUGUGCUGACAUUCGCGCUCUGCAAUCUGCCGUAUCAUGCGCGCAAGAUGUGGCAAUACUGGUCACGUUCGUAUCGCGGUGAUUCCAAUUUUAAUGCGCUGCUAACGCCGCUCACCUUUCUGGUCACGUACUUCAAUUCGGGAGUUAAUCCCCUGCUCUACGCCUUCCUCAGUCGCAAUUUCCGCAAGGGCAUGAAGGAGCUGCUGCUCUGCUCGUGGAAGAAGGGCAAGGGCAAGUCAUCCUCGAACUCGUCGAUGCAUCACAAGCGCAAGGCGUUGCAGACCCACUCGCUGCCCACGGAUACCACGCACAUUGGCAACGAGCAGCUAUGAUGGCCAAGCUGCUGGAGGAGGCGCUUUAGGCUGUUCGGUCGUCGCUCGUAGAACCCAACGGAUUAGCUCAUUGUGAUGCUCACUUAAGAAGUCUCAAUUGCUUGGCAAGCGAAUAACUAAAUAAGCUCCAUUUAUAGAUUUUAUCCAUUGUCAAACAAAGUGUUGUACGAAAGAAUUAAGCCAUUUUUUAACUAAGCCUCAUUCGUUACGCGCUAAAAGAGCGAAAACAGAGAGAGAGCCAGAGAGAGAGAGAGAGAGAGAGGCAGAUCUUGCUCUCUGACUCGCAAAUUGUAUUUGAAUAAUUCUAUAUCUCAGGACACGCGGCGUGUCCAUAUUUAAUAGCUGUAAGACGUCUCAUUUAAAGUGAUACCAAAUAUACGAAUAAACUAACAUUCAA